GUCUGGGUCAAGUUUUAAAUCCAAGAGUGGGGCAGGAAUGGACCAGUUUAUAUUUGGUAGCUGGUCCAUUCAGAGUAGUUUAUUUCUGUAUUUAGUAGCUGGUCCGUUUGGAAGAGUUUAUAUUUAGUAACUGGUCCAUUCAGAAGAUUUUAUUUCCACAUUUCAUACCUGGUUCAUUUGGAAGAGUUAAUUUCUAUAUUUAGUAGCUGGUCUGUUAGGAAGAGUUUAUGCCUAUAUUUACUAGGUGGUCCAUUCAAAACACUUUAUUUCUAUAUUUAGUAGCUGGUCUGUUUAAAAGUUUGUUUAGUAGCUGGUCUGUUCAGAAUAGUUUAUUCCUAUAUUUUCUAGCUGGUCUGUUUGAAAGAGUUUAUAUUUAAUAGCUGGUCCGUUUGGAAGAGUUAAUUUCUAUAUUUACUAGCUGGUCCGUUUGGAAGAGGUUAUACUUAGUAGCUGGUCCGUUUGGAAGAGUUAAUUUCUAUAUUUACUAGCUGGUCCGUUCCUGGCAGGCCCGGUGGGUGCUCGGAAGGCGAACUAGGCGGGGCGGGGAUGGAGGAAGAGGAGGAGGUGAUGAGGUGCUGGGCGGGCCCUGCGGCCGGAGCUGCGCUCGGAGGGGUCGGGGCGGGGCGAGUUGGCGAAAUCGAAAGCGAAAGGCGAGAACGGGUCCCCGGUAGCACGGAGGGAGUAGGAGAGCGGUCCCGGUGGGCAGGGCAGGGCUCCCCGCGGGACCGGACCGGACCGGGGAUGGAUUCGGAUGAGGAAUCCUUUGUCCGGCUGCAGGACGAGAGCCUGCAGAGCCCCGAGCAGCUCCGGCAGGAGAUCGAGCGCUGCAAGGAGCUUUACAGUGCUCUGGAGAAAGAAUGUGCAAAGCUACAAUCGGCCAAGGAAGCUGCAGAGCAAAGGACAAAGGAGCUGAAGAAAGAAGAAGAACUUCAUAAAGUUUUAGAGCAACAGCUGUCUUUAAAUGGAGAUGAAGAAAGAGCACGCCAGAUUUUUACAAUAAGGGAGGAGAACAACAGACUGAGGCUGGAGAAGCAAGUUCUAAACAAUAAACUGGAAGAAUUGAAGAAGAGGGUCUUCUGGAAUGAUCCUGUGCAGAUACUGUCUGCCCUGCCAGAAAAGAAAAUGAUCUUUAAGGGACUCCCAGCAAACAAGGAGGACAUGAACAAGCUGAUGCUCAUCCCACUGAUCCGCUGCCCUCUGCCAGGGGGCUCAGCUCUCAUCACCUUUGAGGAGGCAGAGGUGGCCCAGAGGAUCAUAGAGAUGAAGGAGCACACGGUGGAGCUGAGCUGUGGGCAGCUGGAGGAGCUCGACCAGUGCAGAGUGAAAGUGCAGGCAGUGCCCAUGGACAUCCUGCUGCCAUCUGCCCUGGAGAUCAGGCUGACACAGAGCAGCAGGAGCAUCCUUGUGUCUGACCUGCCCAGCCUGAGCAUCUCCAAGGAGGCACUGCUGGACAAGCUGGAGCUCUUCUUCAGCAAGACAAAGAAUGGGGGCAGCGAGGUGGAGAGCAGAAAUUUCCUGGAGGACUCUCAGCAGGUGGUGCUGACCUUCACACGGGAUGGAGUGGCAGAGCCGCUAAUUGAAAGAGGACAUAUCCAGGUGCCCAUUGGGAAAGGGAAAUACAAAAUCAAAAUAUCACCAUACAUGAGUGGAGACAUCUCUAACCUGCAGCUCCAGCCCUCCCGCUGCCCCAGGACCGUCCUGCUCCUGGGCAUCCCCGAUGUGAUGAGCGUGGAGUCCAUGAGAGACGCCCUGGAGAUCCACUUCCAGAAGGCCAGCCGCGGCGGCGGCGAGGUGGAUGCGCUCGCCUACGUCCCAGCGGGGCGGACAGGGGUGGCCGUGUUCGUGGAGGACACUGCGGGCUAGUCCCGGCCAGAUACGGGCUGGUCCUGGCUCAGCCCGAGGCUGAGGAGCUCCGUGCGUCCGUUGGCCCGCGGGCACGGGAGAAAUUAAAAGUGUCUGUUGGAAG